AUGAAUGUCGCCGGCAUGAGGCAUUCCACUGGCUGCCUAAAGGCGGCACUACGGCAAGUCCGAUGGCAAAGGGCCAAUGUGCGAUCCUUCACCUCCACCUCUACGACCUGGGCCGGCAACACCCCCAGCGCCUUUAGCGGACGUCAGCGCGAGGAGAUUGAGAAGGUCAGCAACUUCAAGGUGUGGCCUCAGGUGCCCUCCGUCCGGAAGACGCACCCGAACCCGAUGCCGGCCAUCCACGAGCAGCAGAUUGCCAAGCUGGACCCGACGGGCGCCCGCACGCGCCUAUUCUCCAAGAAGUACCCGGACAGCGCCAACGUGGGUGACGUGCUGAUGGUGACGCCCAGGUCGGGCGAGCCAUUCGCGGGCGUGCUGAUGCAGAUCCGCCGGCGGGGAGUCGACACGGCCAUCCAGUUGCGCGGCCAGCUCAUGCGCGUCAGCACCGAGAUGUGGUACAAGAUCUACAGCCCGACAGUCACGGCCAUCGACAUCAUCUGGCGCCGUCCCAAGAGGGCCAGGCGCGCCAGGCUCACGUACCUCCGCAAGCCCCAGCAUGACAUGGGAAACGUCGACAACCUCGUGUUUGCGUGGAAGAAGGAGCGUCACGCCCUGCGUGGAAAGCACAGGUCCAGGUAA